AUCUCAGCUAGAUUCGUUGCCAGUACUUGACUAACUCUCGAUGUAGAACUCAAAAUUGUGAUCGCAUAUAUUUCUCUUAAUAAUGACUUAAUUAUUAUAGAAAUAUCAAUCGUAAAUUGCCACAAACAAUAGAAGUUAAUCACACAAACAGUUUCUAUUCAAUAUAUCUGAAAUGACAAUCACCAUGGAAUUAUUAAAAUUACUCUUAAGUAUUAAUUUAAUAUUUGUCGCUCUAAACGAUGCUAUUGACAAUGAUACAAAAAAUAAUGUGUAUGCAGAUGAGCAAUUUAUCAAACCAUUUGACAAUUAUAUUCACUUUAUACCAUUCAUCGAAAAUAUUUCAACUGUAAAAAAAUUCAAUUUGUAUGAUAUGCAUAAUAUAUUUAAAUCAUAUAUAAACGAACAACGAGCAAAAGGCAAUACCCUUUUUUAUGGUAAUCUUUCGUCAUAUUUUCAUGUUUCUGAUAAAACAAACUUAAUACGUUUGAAUGUAUUAAAUCUGAAAAUAGACGAAAUAGGAACUGAAGUUUUUAAUUUGAAAGAUCGUAAAGUGAUAAAACCGAUAAUGUAUACAUAUGAUAAUAAAACGCAAACAGUUGUCAUUACCUUUGAUCACGAAUUUUUAUCAUAUCAUCUCUACCAUCUGAUAAUAAACUUUGUUGGAAUUAUGAUUAACGUAAACAAUUAUUGGAAACCAAAUUCAACUGAUACAGUGUGGUUGAUCGCUGCACCGGAUUUAUAUGGAACAGGUGCUCGUCCUGCAUUUCCAUACUGGGACAAGCCGGAGAGAAAUUAUUUUUCUAUCUCCAUACAGCAUUGUUCAGAUUAUAAAAUUGUAACAAAUAUAAAGAUUUCCAAAGAAAUUAGAGAUAAAGACAAAACCUUUACAAUGUACAAUACUGUUAACAUCUCCCCUUAUCUCGUAGCGAUUGUAUUGCACAAACUCGACCGUCUUAAUAUCGCUAAUACCUCUUGCUUUAAUUAUAAAAUUUACGAUGACGACAUGCCUGUCAAAGUGAACAUCCAAAUUUGGAAUAAAGACAAGUUUUGCUGUUUAGAUUUCAUUCGAUGGAUGACUAAAGCUUCCAUAGAAUACUUACAAAAAAACAUGUCUAAACUAUUUCCACGAAAUAUAAAGAUUAUCAUAGUACCGAAUUUUCGAGAUGAAGGUGUGGAAACACAAGGACUCAUUCUUUAUAGUGAGGAAGCUGUUGUUUACGAUGUAGAAUAUCGUUCCGUUGCACAUAAAAUGACUCUGGCAUUCACAAUAGCGCGAAAAUUAGCAUAUCAAUUCUUUGGCAACAUGAUCGGACAAUCUUGGGGAUCGUAUUUAUGGAUAAACGAGGGUGUUGCCAAUUUUUUAGGAAUGAAGAUUGUUGGCAAGAUACUUAAUAAUACGCUAAAUGAAUAUUUCGUAGUGCAAUUUCUACAGGAGUCUCUUCAUUUGAAUGAUUAUUACGAUAUGCCUCUUGUAUCAAAAGUCAACGAAUCUGACAUUAAUUUACUGUUUCCUUUUACUCGAUAUGUUAAAGCACCUGUUUUCAUACGCAUGCUGUCACGAAUACUUCCCAAAGAUGUGUUUAUAUCAGGUCUCAGUCGUUAUGUAGCUCUCCAUCAGGAUAAAUCUUUCGACAUAUCGAAUAAUAUUUCCAACAAAUUCUUCAAUAUUAUGCAAGAAACUUUAAAAAGUAUUUAUAAGGAAAACAGUAUGAAUUUAGAAAGAAAGAUGAAUAACUGGAUAACACAAAAACGCUAUCUUAUAUUAGAUGUACAAACGAUACAAAAUACAAGCGAAGUUAUAAUAACAUUAUCACAAAAUAAUUCCAAUAAAUCAUUUCCAAAAGGUUUAUGGAUUCCUGUAUCAUAUAUUAGGCAAAGUCAGCUUAGGUCUGUAUUUAAACAUUGGUUAUAUUGCCAAAAAGCACACUUUCACCAAAUUCUAGAAUCUCUUCUAAAUCGUUUAGGAUACAAGGAAUUAAAUUCAUCUCUUUAUUUAAUUAAAAAUUUAAGACAUGAAGCUGCAAAAUGGGCAUGUGUACUUGGUUUAGACACAUGUAAGAAUAAUGCUACUUUGGCAUUAACAGAAAAUUGUAAAAAAUAUCAUGAAUGUGAGAGAGAAAUCAAAUUGCCCGUAAUAUUAAUAGACAUUAUUAAUUACGUGUAUUCUAAAGAGCAACUUGACAAGCUCCGCAUUAUAUUUUGUCAAUUUUUCUUUUCUGUGACGAAAGAAACAUUAUUACAGAUAUGUAAAGUGACAAUCAUUAUGGAAUUAUUAAAAUUAUUCCUAAGUAUUAAUCUUAUAUUUGUCACUCUAAACGAUGCUAUUAACAAUGAUACAAAAAAUAAUGUGUAUGCAGAUAAGCAAUUAAUAAAACCAUUUGACAAUUAUAUUCACUUCAUACCAUUCAUUGAAGAUAUUUCAAUUUUAAUAAAAUUCAAUAUGUAUGAUAUAUAUAGUACAUUUAGACCAUAUAUAAACGAACAACGAGCAAAAGGCAAUACCCUUUUUUAUGGUAAUCUUACGUCAUAUUUUCAAGUUUCUAAUAAAACAAACUUAAUACGUUUGAACGUAUUAAAUCUGAAAAUAGAUGAAACAGGAACCGAAGUUUUUACUUCGAUAGAUCGUAAAGUGAUAAAACCGAUAAUGUAUACAUAUGAUAAUAAAACGCAAACAGUUGUCAUUAACUUUGAUCACGAAUUUUUACCAUCUAAUAUCUAUCAUCUGAUAAUAAACUUUGUUGGAAUUAUGAUUAACACAAACAAUUAUUGGAAAUCAAAUUUAACUGAUACAGUAUGGUUGAUCGCAUCCAAUCUGCAUGGAAUAGGUGUUCGUCCUGCAUUUCCGUACUGUGAUAGGCCGGAUAUUAGAACUAAUUUUUCUAUCUCCAUACAGCAUUGUUCAGAUUAUAAAAUUGUAACAAAUACAAGGAUUUCCGAAAAAACUGGAGACGAAGACAAAACUUUCAUAAAGUAUACAUCUGUUAACAUCUCUCCUUAUCUCAUAGCGAUUGUAUUGCACAAAUUCAGCCGUCUUACCGACGCUUGCUCUAAUUAUAAAUUUAACGAUAAUGACAUACCAGUCAAGGUAAACAUCCAAAUUUGGAGUAAAAACGACAUGUGGUUAGACUUCUUUCAGUGGAUGAUUAAAGCUUCCAUAGAAUACUUACAAAAAAAAAUAUCUAAAACGCUAUUUCCACGAAAUAUGAAGAUUAUAGUAGUACGAAAUUUUCAAGAUAAAGGUGUGGAAGCACGGGGACUCAUUCUUUAUAGUGAGGCAGCUGUUCUUUAUGAUGUAGACUUUUUUAGCGGAGCACAACAAAUGACUGUGGCAUUCACAGUAGCACGAAAAUUAGUAUAUCAAUUCUUUGGCAACAUGAUCGGACAAUCUUGGGGAUCGUAUUUAUGGAUAAAUGAGGGUGUUGCCACCUUUUUAGGAAUGAAAAUUGUUGACAAGAUACUUGAUUACACAAUGUUGAAUCUAUUCGUAGUGCAAUUUCAACACGAGUCUCUUCAUUUGAAUGAUUAUUACGAUAUGCCUCUUGUAUCAAAAGUCAAUGAAUUAUCUGGUAUUAAUUCAUUGUUUCCUUUUACUCGUUAUAUUAAAGCACCUGUUUUCAUACACAUGCUGUCACAAACAAUUCCCAAAGAUGUGUUUAUGUCAGGUCUCAGUCGUUAUGUAGCUCUCCAUCAGGAUAAAUCUUUCGACACAUCGAAUAGUAUUUCCAAUAAAUUCUUCAAUAUUAUGCAAGAAACUUUAAAAAAUAUUUAUAAGAGAAAAAGUAUGGACUUAGGAAGAAGGAUGAAUAAUUGGAUAAUACAAAAACGCUAUCUUGUAUUAAAUGUACAAACGAUACAAAAUACAAGCAAAGUGAUAAUAACAUUAUCACAAAAUAAUUCCGAUAAAUUAUUUCCAAAAGGUUUAUGGAUUCAUGUAACAUACAUUAGACAAAAUUAUCGCUAUUAUAAUAAUUUAAACAUUGUAUUUAAACAUUGGCUACACCGCAGUAACCCAAUUUUACGCGUGGCUAAUACAACAAAAGAUGAAUGGAUUAUCGCUAAUGUAGCUCAAGCUGGAUAUUAUCGUGUUAAAUACGACGACAGAUUAUGGGAAAAUAUCUUGAAAUGUCUUCUCUCAUCUGAAUAUAGCAAAAUACAUGUUCUUAAUCGUGCUCAGCUCAUUGAUGAUGCGUACCAUUUUCUAUUAAAAGGCCAACUCAACUUUAAUCUUUUCAAAAAACUCACAUCUUAUUUAUCGAAAGAGGAAAAUUAUACAUCAUGGUAUCCUGUAUUUAAAAUUAUGGAACAAAUAUCCAGUUUUUUCCCAUUUUCAAAAAGUAGUGAAAUCAAAACACACUUUUACCAAAUUCUAGAAUCUCUUUUAAAUAAUUUAGGAUAUAACGAAUCACCAGAUGAAAAUAAUUUAAUUAAGAGUUUAAGGCAUGAAGCUGCAAAAUGGGCAUGCGUACUUGGUUCUGACAUAUGUAAGAAUAAUGCUACUUUACGAUUAAUAAAAGAUCGUCAAAAAUAUCAAGAAUUUCCUAAAAUCGAGGGUAUUAAUCCAUGGUGGAGCGAUUGGACAUAUUGUGAAGGAACAAAGAAAGCAAAUAAUACUAUUUGGGGCAAAGUAUUUCUUUUAGCAAAAUUUAAUAAGAAUCAUUUAGUAUCUUUAGCGUGCACUGAAGAUAUACAAAUCAUUUUUAAUUACAUCAACCUAACUUUAUCAGAAAUAUUUUUAUCAGAAAACUUUACUAAAGAAGAUCGUAUUACAGUUUUGCACUCCAUUAUUGCAAAACAUGCAAAAAAUAAUUUAGUGCUCGAUUAUAUAUUGCAAAACUUAAAAGUAAUAUCCAGAGAAAUCAAACUGCCCGUAAUAUUAAUAGACAUUAUUAAUUACGUGUAUUCUAAAGAGCAACUUGACAAGGUGAGCAACCACAUGAAUAAUUCUGCUUCUUAUGGUGAUGUUUCAUAUAUUAAACAAAAGAUAGUAACACGAUUGUCCCAAAUCGAAAAACAAGUUUGCUACUUUGAAAAAUUUUUAAUUUCUUCAACUCAAGUACCCAGAGAUGCUAGAUAAUAACAUGUGUAUUUAUUGUAUAUAAUUUGUUAUAUAAUAAUGCUUUAAUAAUGUUUUAUCUUAUGAAAAAAAUUUUUAUAUAUUUUUAAUUAUGCACGUGGUGGUUUACAUAAUUCCUCCAUAUUUUUAAUAGUCCAUACAUUCAAAUUUCACAUAUACAGAAAAUAGAAAAUUCUUUAAAAUUCAGAAUGUGCUCGACUUUCUUCGUAAGAUGGGGAUACAGUUUGUCACGAUAAUACAUGCUCAAAUAUUUCUAAAGGGUUUUAGAAUUAAAUAUUAUUC